ACCAAACACUUUUCUCAAAAAAAAAAAAAAAAACAAACAAACAAACAACAACACUUUCCCUUAGCUAUAUACAAUAUCCUUUCCCUUAGGUUAAUUUAUGUGAAUUAGGUCUUGUGUUACUUAUGGAGGUCGAAAUCGAGUUAAUCUCCAAAGAAUUCAUUAAACCAUCGUCUCCAACACCUGACCAUCUUCGCCAUUACCAGCUCUCUUUCCUUGACCAACUCUCACCCAAAGUCUACAAUCCUUGGCUUCUUUUCUACUUAUUAAAUAAUGAUGAUCAUGUUCAUCAUAGCGAGUUUAACAAUAUCACCAAUAUUUCCUACCACCUCAAGAAAUCCUUGUCCCAAGUCUUAUCCCUUUACUACCCUCUAGCGGGACGAGUCAAAGAUGGCCUAAAUAUCAUCGAUUGUAAUGACGAGGGAGUCCCUUUCUUCGAAGCGCGAGUAAAAGGAAAACUUUCCGAUGUGAUCGACAAUCCAAACAUUAACGAACUCGACAGGUUCCUUCCGUUUAAGCUCGACGACGUCACCGAAUUAGCCCUCGGCCUCCAAAUCAACGUCUUCGAGUGCGGAGGAAUCGCUAUCGGCGUGUGCAACUCGCACCAACUCUCGGACGCUUUGUCGAACAUCACGUUCAUCAAAACCUGGGUGGCCACCGCUCGCCGAGAACCCGACAUAGUCCGCCCAGAAUUCAUCUCCGGAAAGCUCUUCCCGCCAAAGAAUUUGGUAGGGUUGAACCCUAGUAUUGGCAUCACGAGGAAGAACAUCAUGACAAAGAGAUUUGUGUUUAAGGCGGCUACCAUUGAGGCUCUGAGAGCGAAGUACGACGAAAACUCGCUCGGAGAAGACCGGCGACGGCCCUCGCGCGUUGAGGCCUUGUCGGCCUUCAUAUGGAGUCGGUUUGUGGCUGCAACAAAUGGAGAUCAAUCAGGGCACGAUGAUCAGAAGACAUACAUAGUACUUCAUGCUGUAAAUCUACGUCCGAGGUUUGAGCCACCGCUUGGAGAAAACCACUUUGGAAACUAUUUUAGAGUUGCCAUUACAGUUCCUUCGUUAAAAACUGGUGAAGAUCUGUGUCAUGGUUUUGUAAGACAAGUAAGAGAGGAAAUAAGGAAGAUUGACAAGGAGUUUGUGAGGAAGCUACAAGAGGGAAAUGAACACUUGGAAUUGCUGAAGGAUCGUAGCGAAGGAUUCGUCAAAGGAGAGGUGAUUACAUUCGCAUUCACAAGCUUGUGUAGGUUUCCAGUUUAUGAAGCGGAUUUCGGGUGGGGAAAGCCCACGUGGGUGGGCUCAGCUGCGUUGAAUUUCCACAAUGUGACUGUUUUCAUGGACGCCAAAAAUGGUGAUGGAAUAGAGGCUUAUCUCAGCUUGAAAGAUGAAGACUUGGCUAAAUUGGAAGUUGAUAAAGAGUUUCAAGCGUGCGUUUCUCUGACCGAGUAGAGUAAUGUAUAUGUAAUCAAAGUAUUGACACAUCGGUAUAAAUAAACAAUAGUGAAUAAAGU